AUGGCUUCCAACGGUGGCAAUUUUGACGACGACAUUUACGGAGGUUUCUCCGGUGUCACUAACAAACUAUUUAACUACGAUGUAAAGGAGGACAAAGCAUUCCAGAAUGCAAUCAAAACGUCAAGCUACGGAAAGAAGACUUCUACGCCCAAGUUCUUCUGGAAUGGCGAGAAACUAGGUUCAGCAGAGACCAUGGCCACAAUGGCUCGCCCUUCAACAGCAAUUCGUCCCGUUGGGUAUUCUUCACAAAAUAGCAAACUAUUUGACCCUCUGAAUCAAGCCGCGAAGAAAAUCGUGGUGAUGGAAAACAAAAAGGAGGAAACCCCAGAGCAGCGCUAUAAAAAUAUGGAGAGCAAAAUUUUUGCAUUAUUAGAGGAAUCCAUUAUUGCGAGUACCGGAACGAAACCGGAUAUGGCAACGGGACUAGCGAAAGCAAAAGAAGCUUCGUCACUUGAUCGAACGCUACUACGAAUGCGUGAUCAAGAUGGAGGCACCUACACCCAUAACUUCGAUCUGACAUUCUUUGUAUUGUUCAACCUAGCAAACGUUUACGCCAAAAAUGAAAUGUACAUUGAAGCGUUGAACACCUACACACUGAUGACCAAAAACAAAAUGUUUCCAAACGUAAACCGAUUAAAAAUCAAUAUGGGAAAUAUCUAUUUUCAACUUGGAUUAUAUACGAAAGCGAUUAAAAUGUAUCGAAUGGCGUUAGAUCAAGUUCCAGGAAAUCAGAAGGAAUUGCGACUGAAAAUUACUCACAAUAUUGGCAUUUUGUUCAUUAAAAUGGGACAAUAUUCGGAUGCCGCGACUAGUUUUGAGUUUAUAAUGUCGGAAAAGGGAGACCUGAAAACGGGACUUCAUUUGAUUCUAUGCUAUUACGCACUCGGAGACGUCGAAAAGAUCAAGCAUGCUUUUCAGCUUCUCUUGGACAUACAGAUCGAUUAUCUUGAGGACGAGAAAAUGUAUCAAUCUAACCCAUCCUAUGAGUACAUAAACGAGAUGAUCAAGUCGGACGAAUUGCAUGCCUAUGAGCAGAAGAUCCGACAACUGGCGGAGAAAAACAUACUGAUCUCAGCAAAUUUGAUAUCCACUAUCAUUGACGACUACUUCAACGACGGUUACAGUUGGUGUGUAGAAACUAUUAAAAACUCUUACUUUUCCCCAUUAGCAGUGGAUUUGGAGCUUAAAAAAGCGGUUAUCUAUUUGAAGCAAGAUGAUAUCCAGCAAGCUAUCGAUACAUUAAAAUACUUCGAGAAAAAGGAAUCAAACAUUGCCAUCAACGCAGCGAUAAAUUUGAGCUUCAUCUACAUACUGAAAAAAGAUAUUGCUACUGCAGAAACAUAUACCGAGACAGCCAAGAAGAUUGAUAGCUAUUGUCCAGCAGCCUUCAUCAACAGUGGUGUCUGUCAUAUGAUGAAAAAUGAUCUCGAUACUGCAAAGCUGAUGUUUAUGAACGCUUUGGAUAUUGAUUCCACUUCAUUCGAAGCUCUAUACAAUGUUGGAUUGAUAUUCAAAAAGCUUCAUGAUUACAACAAUUCUUUGCUCUACUUUCGUAAAAUUAUUUCCAAUUUGGGUCAUGAACAGCACCCGGAAGUUCUGUAUCAAAUCGCCAAUCUUUACGAUGCACUCGGAGAUGUACCAACUGCUCUGGAAUACUAUUUGCAGCUGCUUAGUUUGGUUCAGCAGGACAACAAAGUUAUUCAAAAAAUCGGUGAAUUGUACGAAACUGAUGGCGAACGGCAACAGGCCUAUCAUUACCAUCAUGAAUCGUACCGUAUUUAUCCAAUCGAUUUCAGCGUAGUGAAUUGGCUUUGCUCGCACUACAUUGAGUUGCAAGUCGUGGAGAAAGCGAUUGGUUUCUACGAAAAGGCUGUCCUCAAUAACCCGCUGGAUCCUUAUUAUUUGCUGCGAAUUGCUGGUUGUUAUCGUCGCAUUGGAAAUCAGCAAAAAUCUCUCAAUUUGUUUAAGAUAAUCCACGAUAUUUAUCCGGAGAAUACAGAUUGCUUAAAAGCGUUGAUACAUCUCAGUCAAUCGCAGGGGAAUAAUGAGCUAUGCGAACGUUAUAUGAGUGAACUACAAAAACUGGAAAAGCAGAAGGAGGUUCGUCAACGAAUCGGUACCGGUAGGCCUCCAACAACAAAUGGUUCAAGAAUAUCCAGCGGUGAACAGGAAAAAAGAUCCGGAGCGGGUUCGGACAACUAUCAACCACCGGGUACUGCGUCUGGGUCUGGGUUCGGAAAUAACAAGAGCUUGGAUGUUUCGCCAGACUAUAACGCUUUAACUAACGCAUAUGGAUACUCGGAUCCACUUGGUCCACCGCAGGAACGACCGCGUACUGGCUUUCGGAAAAAUGCAACGGUAGAUGACGAGUCGGAUGAAGAUAUCAAUCCGUAUGAUUUGUUGCCAGUUUAA